AUGCCUCGUCAUGCGCGGUACGUCACAGUAGGUUCGAAGAUAUAUGUAGUGGGUGGAUUUCACACUAGGCAGAAUGAUUACAGUAGUGUUUUAAGCAUCGACUGUAGAUAUGUUCACACGGUGCACCCCAUCUCCGACAUUCCUAAUCGCAUGGUGGAAACGGUCGCUGGCAUGGUCGAUGAAAAGAUUUACCAUUUCGUCAGCAAGAUUGCUGAUGUUGGACUUGCCAGGCUUGUCCCUGCAUCCGUUGCUGACGCCGCAACGCAAUAUAGAAUGACAACCGCUGGAACAUUCUGUUACAUUGAUCCAGAAUAUCAACAGACCGGUAUGUUAGGGACCAAGUCAGACAUAUACUCAUUUGGGAUCAUGCUUUUACAAAUACUUACAGCUAAACCACCAAUGGGUUUGACUCAUCACGUCGAGAAAGCAAUCGAAAAGGGAAAUUUCAAAGAUAUUUUAGACUCUUCCGUGCUUGACUGGCCAGUCGAAGAGGCCUUGGUUGCAGCCUAA